AAAGAAUAUAGUGACGGAGCUCAAACGCAGUUCAGCCGUCAACAACAAACAGCAAACUACUUCUUGGGAACAUCUUAUGUUGAAGAUCUAGAAGGAACAGUCAAUACAGGGUCCAGAUAUUACAGAGGCUUGCACAUCAAUUAUUACAGCUUGCCUACAACGGACAGACACUGUUCUGACAUCAGCAAGUGCUUCAUGCCAGCUGCAAAAUUCAUUGACAAGGCCGUGAAUAAACCAGGGAGUAAGGUGUUGAUUUGCUGCAAGCAGGGUGUCGACCACUCUGCGACUCUGUUUCUGGCAUAUCUGAUGAUCUGCCAUGACAUGAUGGUGGAGGAUGCUAUUGAUCACGCCAUACAGUCGAGACGCAUCCAGCCCUCCAGAGACUUCCUGAAGAAGCUGAUGCUCCUCAAUGCUGACCUUGUGAACAAGCGAAAACUAAAGUUAGAGGACAUAAAAAAAGGCAAAAAGAGGAGAAAAUGGCAGCUAAAAAAAAAGUGUAGAAAUAUACUAAAAGAUAUACAAGAAAAUGUUCACAUCUAGAAAUGUCAAUAAAAUGAAUGGAUAAUGUCCUGAUAAUGA